GGGAGCGGCGGGCGGUGUGGGAGCCGCCGGGCGCGGACGGGGACGCACGUGUGUGGUGAGAGCGGCGGGGCCGGGCCCGCACAGAGACCUCCAUUCCUGUGGCCUCCCAGGAGUGCCGCGGAGCCGGGCCUGGCGUCUCUGGGGAGCGGGAACCUCGACCGUGCCUGGCUGAGCCGCUGUGCCGCCCGGCGCCUGGCUCCGCACCGUCCGUCCGGGAGGGUUUGGCUCCGCCUGUUGUCGCCAUGGAGAACAAGAGUAAAAAGAAGUUCGCGGGGAAGAAUGGAAAAGCGCCGCGUGGAAAAGUGCCACACGGGAAGAGGAAGUUUAAGAAGGAUAAUGAUUCAGGUCCACCAAAGAAGCUCUUUAACAAAGGAGAUGAGGAGGGAAAGCCUAAAUCCAUUUCCAAGAAAUUUGUUAAAGGACAGUUAAGACCUGGAAAAGCUACUGUCAAACAGUUCAAGAAUAAACAACAGUCAGAAAAGUUUGCAAAGAAGAGGAAACUCCAGGAUGGUGAAGAGGGAGGAUCAGAUUCUAAGAAGCCAAAAUGGAGCGACUUCAAAAAGAAAAGGAAGGAGUUAAAGCAAACCAGACAAAUUAAUGAUAAAAGUAAUUAUGACAUAAUUGUAAAAUCGAAGCAAAUAUGGGAAAAUGUGAGAAGGAAGAAAUGCCAUAAGGAGAAGAGAGAAAAGCUAAUGAAUGAACUACAGAAGCUUCUUCAUGGGAAAAUUAAAAAUCUGGCAUUUGCACAUGAUUCAACUCGAGUGAUCCAGUGCUUUAUUCAGUAUGGCAAUGAGAAGCAAAGACAAGAGACAUUUGAAGAAUUGAAAGAUAGCCUAGUAGAGUUGAGCAAGUCAAAAUAUUCCAGAAAUAUUGUGAAGAAGUUUCUUAUGUAUGGGACAAAAACACAAGUUGCAGAAAUAAUCAAAAGUUUUAAAGGCCAUGUGAAAAAAAUGCUCCGUCAUGCCGAGGCGUCUGCUGUGGUGGAAUAUGCGUAUAAUGACAAAGCCAUUCUGGAGCAGAGGAAUAUGCUGACAGAAGAACUAUAUGGGAACACUUUCCAGGUUUACAAGACACCAGUUGUCCCAACACUGGAUAAAGUGUUAGAAGCUCAGCCUGAAAAGAGAGAGGCCAUCUUGGAUGAAAUGAAGCAGAUUCUAACACCAAUGGCACAAAAAGAGGCGGUGAUAAAGCACUCACUGGUACAUAAAGUAUUUUUGGACUUUUUCGUUCACGCUCUUCCAAAACAAAGAUCCGAAAUGAUAGAAGCUAUCAGAGAGGCUGUCGUCUACCUGGCACACACUCAUGAUGGAGCCCGAGUAGCAAUGCACUGUUUAUGGCAUGGCACUCCCAAGGACAGAAAAGUCAUUGUGAAAACUAUGAAGACAUAUAUUGAAAAAAUAGCAACGGGUGAAUUUUCUCAUCUGGUCUUGCUGGCAGCGUUUGAUUGCAUUGAUGACACGAAACUUAUGAAGCAGUUAAUUAUAUCAGAAAUAAAUGCUUCUUUGCCCAAUAUAAUAAACAACAAAUAUGGAAAGAAGGUCUUGUUGUACUUGCUAAGUCCUAGAGAUCCUGCACAUUUUGUUCCAGAAAUCAUCACACUUCUGCAACAGGGAGAUGGAAAUGCCUAUAGUAAGAAGAAUACUGAACUCCGUCGCCGUGAACUCCUGGAAGCCAUUUCCUCUCCUUUGCUUGAAUAUUUGCAAGAACAUACCCAAGAAGUAGUGAUAGACAAAGCUACCUUUGUCUUGGUUGCUGCCGUCUUAAGAACAGCACUUGGUGACAUCCAGCCUGCACUAGAUGCAAUUGCUAAUUUAGCAGCAGAAGAGCUGAUUCCGGGUGGCUGUGAUGGACAGCUUCAUAUUGCGGAACAUCCAGCAGGACAUCUAGUUUUGAAAUGGUUAAUAGAACAAGAUGAAAAAAUGAGAGAAAGUGGAAAAGAAGUUUGCUUUGGAAGAACACUGGUGGAACGGGUUGGUAUUGAGAAUCUGAAGACCUGGGCAGAAGUAAAUAGAGGUGCCAUUAUUCUAUGUUGCCUUCUCCGGAGCACUGAUGAAAAAGUGGUAAAUACAGUCAAAAAAGGACUGAAAAAGCUCAUCCCAAAGCUGAAGCAGAAUAAAAAUGUAAAAGGAAUAGAAGCAUUACUGGAGAAAUUGACUUCCUAAUGUAAAUGGAGAUAAAAUUAUUAUUUACAUCAAUGCAAUCCACUGAGAUUUGGUAAGAUUUUGCAUCAUGGUUGUUGAAAGAAGCAGUGUAUGCAUUUGUAUAUUAAAUAAUUUCUAAAACAA